AUGGCAGGGAUGACGAAUACGACGCUGGUGCUGAUUAAGCCCCAGGCGUGCCGAGAACGAUUUCUCGAGGUGGCACGUGGGCAGUUUGAGUCCUACGGGGUUCGCGUGGAUGAGAUGCUGGUGCUGUCCGGUCCGCAGGUGGAGCGUGGGGCCUACGUGGAGCGCCACUACAGCGCGGUGGCUGCCCUGGCCGCCUGUCGCUCGGAGGACCUGAACGCCUUCGUAUCGGAGGAAACCGCGUCCCUCUUCUUUUCGGCCUUCGGCGAGCUCUGGGACGCCGCAAUGGAGGAGCGGCGGGUGGUGACGCCGGAGGAUGCCAUGACGGUGCUUGGCCUCUCCCCCCAGGGGCUGGACGCGCAGUGGUGGGCCUGCAAGUCGUGCGCCCGGCUCGAGUACGGCUUCUACGUCGCCUACUUUGAGCAGGAGCGGCUGUACGUCGUCAACGGCUUCUACCCAAGACUGCUGGAGGCCUUCACCGCCCCCGACAGCCAAACCUGCGUCUUUGUGCUCUCCUGGCCGGAGUCAAGGUACACGUGGAAGAGUUUUCGCCUGGAGGUGCUUGGCGCGGCAGACCCCAGCACGGCGGAGCCGACGUCGCUUCGUCGUCUGCUGUACGAUCACUGGCAGGAGUACGGGCUGGGCGAGCAGCCGAGCCUGGCGGACAACGGCCUGGACGCCGCCAGCGGACCGCUCGAGGCACUGGCCCACCGCUUCGUGUGGAUGCAUCGGCGCGCCACGGAGGACGAAUUUGGGCGUGCGCUCCUGCAGGAGGGCGUCACACUGGAGUUUCUGGAGCAGCUGGUGACUAAUCCCACCAUGACGUACGGCGGGGAGAGCCGCCCGGUCUUUGAGCUCUUCGAGAACAUGCAGAGCAGCGAGGUACUGCACCACGUGUCGGUGCUCUUCGCCGCAGAGAAGCUGAAGCGCGAGAACCGGGCGACCGCGCGGUUGGGCGCGAGCGACGCCCUGUCGGGUACCGCGGACUGGACCAUUGUCCUCGACGACGAGGACGCCGCGGAGCGGCGCAACCGGGCUCUCCUGUUUGUGAAGCCGCACGCCAACACGCCGGAAACCCGGGCGCUUGUCGAGGAGCGUGUCAUGCGCGUGCAGGGAAUGCAACUCGUUGGCCAGCGCCACGUCUUCGGUGACGAGAUUGCCGCGCAGCAGAUGAUGUACAAACACUACCAAACCAUCGCCCGCUACGCCGUAAAGGUGCCGCCGACGUCCAUCAACGUCGGGACGCAGAGCCGGGCGCUGUUUCAGGACACGUUUGGUGUCGCGUGGAGGGACGCACUGCGUUCGGGACGCGUCUGGAAUGCGGAGACGGCCAUGCACACCCUCGGCGAGAUCGCCGCCGAUGAGCUUUACGCGAUGUGGGGGUCCGCCGCAAAGACGCUGAAGCUGGCCCCAGGGGCGUACGUGGCACACUUUGCCCCCGAGAAUGUGUUCGUCGUCAACGGGUUUUACCCCUACCUGCGCGACACGUACGGCGCGGAGGACGCGAAGGUGACUUGCUACGUCGUCUCCUGGCCGGAGUCGUGCAUGACGUGGCGGGCCUUUCGUGAGGAGCUGGUUGGAAGCACAAACCCUGGCAACGCGCCCCCCGACAGCCUGCGUGGGCUGAUACGCGACCGUUGGCAGGAGUUGGGCCUGCGGCACCCGCCGACGACGACGGACAACGGGGUUCACGCCUCUGCGGGGCCGCUAGAGGCGGUACUGGAGCGUCAUCUGUGGAUGCGCACGCCACUCUCCCACGACCCCCUCACGCUGCGGCUGCAGGAGUGCGGCCUCACAGGGGCUCUUCUCCACCGGUGGGGCUCUAACCCGGAGGUGGUCCUGCGUGGCAAGAAGCUGGCGGGGUGCAUCUUUGACCUGCUCGAGAACAUGCAGACCUCCGAGAUGGUGGACAUCAUGCGAGAGGCGGAGCAGCAGGCAAUGGCGGCGUACACGGAAACCCCCAUGAACCGCGCGGUGGUGAUGCUUAAGCCCUUUGCCGUGCACGAGCGCGCCAUCGAGCGGGUGCGGCAGACGCUCAAGAAGGCUGACGUGCUGGUGAAGCGGGAGGCGUCCAUCUUCAGUACGCAGACGGUGGAGCGCUACCUUAACGGCGCCGCGUUCCGCGCCGCCGCGCAGCUCGCCGACGUCGCCGCCUCCACCGCUAAAGAUGAGGUCAGCCCCGCCCUCAAGGACCGCUUCAGUGAGGUUUUUCACGCGAGCUGGGACGACUGCGUGACCGAUGGAAGACUGCUGGGCGCCACCGCCGCAUGCGAGCAGCUGGCUCUCUCGCCAAGGGAGCUCCUGCGGCUGUGGGAUGCCUCGAGCCCAAAGAAAAUUGGGCGGGCGUGCUACGUGGCACUCUUGCAAUCGCAUGGCCUCUUUGUCAUCAAUGGAUUUGUGCCCUUUGCCCGAGUGAGCUACGGAAGACCGGGCAGCCGCGUGUAUGUAUUUGAGGUGGAGUGGAAGGAAAGCGCAUGGGCGUGGAGGGACUUUUGCGAGGUGUUGAUUGGCGACCCCGCCAGCCCAAUGACCGCCGCGCACGGCAGCCUGCAGCGCAGCUUCGCGGAGGAGUGGACGUACCUCGGGCUCACGCUGCAGCCGGUGUCGAGGGCGACGAGUGCGCUCUACGCGUCGGAGGGCCCGCUGGAGGCCGCCGCCGACCGCGAGACGUGGCUGGAGGCGGAGCUACCGGAGGACCCGUUUGUGCAGCAGUUGCUGCUCGACGGCGUGCCGCUCUCACUGCUGCUUCCGUACGUCCGGAACGAGCACCACGGCAACCCCGCCCCACAAACGCCCCAGCAGCAGCAGCAGCAGCAGGACCAGGACGACGACGACGGGGAAGAGCAGCAGCAGCAGCAGCAGCAGCAGCAAGAGCAAACACAAUCGGGCCAAAUUGGCGGUGAGCUGCUUUGUUAUACGCGGAGUUCCUUGUCGCGGCACCAACAGAGCAGCGAGGUCAUUCGCCGGCUUAAGGCGCUCACCUCGCGUUUUAUGCGAGCCAUAAAAAUGAACUACGCCUUCCUUUGGGUGAAGCCGCAUGCAGGCACUACGGAGGUGGUGGAAUGGGUUCCCUCCGCCUUAGAAGAGCAUCGUAUUGAGGUGAUUGCCUCUGGAAGCUUGACGAUGGAGGAGGUGACUGAAAGGCACCUCGUGGAUCAGCAGUAUGGCGCCCUCUAUCGCAACGCCAUGGGACGCUGCGUCAAGGAUUUGCCCAUUACGACGAAGCAAAUGGUGGAGUUUGAGCGCACCUUUGGCAUCACCUGGGGUACAGCUGUGAGCCUGCACUUGAUCAUCAACGCCGCGGAGGCGGAGGCAAGAAUGGGGGUCGUGGCCUUGUUGAAGGCCUGGGACGAGGCCCCGCGCAAGGUCUGCCUCUCCGCAGACUUGUAUCUGGCCUACCUUGAGGAGGAAGGCCUCUACGUGGUGAACGGGUUCUACCCCUACCUCCGCGCCCGCAUGUACACCGGUCCGCGCAUCUACUGGUACGUGUUGAUGUGGGAUGGGGAGAUCAUGACGUGGGACGACUUCCAGAAGUACGCCAUCGGCGGCGACGUCCCGGCUACGGCGGAGGCGGCCUCGCUGCGCAACACGCUGUGGGCCUCGUGGAUGCAGCUGGGGCUGGAGCAGCCGCCUGACGGCGUCGACAACGGGUUUCACGCCUCUGCCUCGCCCAUCGCGGGACUCGCGGACCGCGUCGCAUGGCUCGGAACGAGCGUGGAGGAGGACGUCUUUGGCCGACUCCUCAUUCAGGGAGGGGUGAGCCCCGACUUCUUGCGUGCGCUGCUGCAAAACCCGUUGGUGCGACACCGCGACGAGCCGGUGGAUGCGGUGAGCGACGCGUUUGAUAAGCUCUGCACGGAGAAUCCCCUGCUGGUGGCGCAGCUGGUUGGCCUCCAGUCGUCUGGCGGCAUGCAACUCGUCCCCAAGCGCUCCGGCUCCAUCACGGCGUUCCCCAGACCGCCGCCCUCCGCCGCCGGGUUGCCGGGCCAAGUGGCCGGCGGGGGGGAGAACCGCGGUGGGCAGGUUGCCGUGAUGGACCGGCAAUCCCAUGAGUUGGCUGGUGCCACGUCUUCUUCGCCGCCUUCCACGGCUGCCGCGGCUUCCGCCGCCGUGACGCGCGGGCGUAACUACGCCUUUCUCCUGGUAAAUCCCAAGUGUUUGUCUGCUGAGUCCGAGGAGCUCGCGACCGCCUACAUCACGGACUUUCUGCAGCGGCGCAAGAUACGGGUUGAGGCGGGAGGAAGCGUAAGGACCAUUGCGCCAGCCGUGCGGCACGUGGCGGACGAACUUCAAGGCAGCAUUUUCCGCUACGCCGUGAAGCAGGCGCCUUCUCAGUAUGCCCUUGACGGGGACGCAAUGCAUGCCUUUCAGCGAGCCUUUGGCGAGAGGUGGGAUGCUAGCAGGGUUCGAAAUGCCGUGGAUGUGGCUGUGGAGUUUAAUCUGUCCGCGCUGCGUCUGAAGGAGUGUUGGGAUGCCUGUGAGCCGCGAACGCGAAUCGCUCCCUCUCUCUACAUUGGGAAGAUGCAAGACUAUGACUUGUACCUCGUCAACGGAUUCGCCCUGCACAGCAGCGAGGUCUUUAACAUGGCGACCUCCGUGAAGCGGUAUUUCCUGCUCUCGUGGGACGCCGCCGACGCCGACUACGCCGCCUACGCGCGAGAGAUUAUUGGCGACCCCUACGUGGAGGCGGCGGAGCCUGGCAGCCUGCAGCGGACGCUUUGCGAGGAGUGGAAAAGCGCCGGCUUUCGGUGCCCACCUGACCCUUUUGAGGGGGCCGUAGCAACCUCCACGAGUGCCCUGGAGGCCAUACAUCAGCGACAGCUGUGGCUCGCGCUGGGUUUGCUGCGCGACCCGGUGGGUCGGGCUGCGGUGAAGCAGUUGGGCGUCUCACUGUAUGUGUUGCGCCGGGCUGUGGCAAACCCGCGCUCAACGCGAGGCGACGGACGGUUCUUGUUUGAUGCCGUGCGGGGACAGGGCUCCGCGGAGGCACUUGAACUGCUCAAGGCUGAAGAUGCCCGGUGUCGCGCCGAGCCGCCACGCAACUCUGCCUUUUUGCUCGUCAAGAGUCACGCCUUGUGCCGUCCCUUCGCCAUGGCGAUCGAGAUGGCGCUGUCAAACGCAAAGGUGCGCGUCGAUGAGGAGGGCGACAUCAGCGGCGCCGUGGUGCGGGGACGGGGCCUCGUGCACCACCUGUACGCCACCGCCUCCAAGUACGCGACGGGGGAGGUGUCAGCCAUCCACCUGACCCAGGAGGAGCGCGAGAGGGCGCUCCGCGAGCUCGGCAUCGCCUGGGAGCGGCUCGUGGGCGAGGGCCUCCUCGUGAACGCGUACCGGGCGUUGGAGGUGCUCGGCGGGGUGACGCCGCAGCAUCUGUACGCGUGCUGGAGACGCUCCGCUCGGAAGGUGGUGAUUCGCUCGGACUUGGUCGUUGCGGGGCUUGCAGGCGACGGCAUCUUCGUUGUGAACGGCUUCUUCCCGGAGCUGAAGAAUGCCUUCGAGUCCGCCACUUCCCUGCUUCACUGGUACGCUGUGUCGUGGUCGGAGGAGGACAUGUGCUGGUCCACGUUUCUCACGCGCGUCAUCGGCGACGACUGCCCGAGCGCGGCGGCGCCGCAGAGCAUUCGUGGGCAGCUCUUUCGGCGCUGGGGCGAGUUCGGCCUUUCCAUGGAGCCGGACCUGCUGCACAACGGUCUGCACGCCAGCCAGGGUGCGCUGCAGGCGAUGCGGGACCGCGUCAAGUCGCUCAACUGCGCGCUGGCCGAGGACUACCUCGGCGACCUCCUGCUGCGCCAGGGAGUGCCGGAGCGGGUUCUGCGGGUGUGGCUCGACAACCCGGAGGUGACCUCCGCGGGGCUUGCGGCUGGCGUCUUUGAGCAUCUGCUGCACUGCGACACCUCCCGCCUGAUGGCGCUGCUGGCGGCGCUGACGCAGGAGCUGCGCGACGCGGAGGGUGACGGGGCGGCGGUGGACGCGGCGCACAUCCCGCUCGUGGAGGGCGUGCCCCACGCGGAGGACGCACGUGCACCGCCGCAAGACGGCGGUCCGGAGGACGACGUGGGCGGCGCCGGGAGGCGGAAUUCGGCCUCUGGACAAGUGCCGGACGGGAAGGAGAAGGAGGGGGAGGAGGGGGAGGGUCCUGCGCUGCUGUUCCGCAACACAGCCGUGAUUCUUCUGAAGCCGCACGCCUCCAACAAGCUUCGCGUCAUGGCGUUCGUGGAGCGCUUCCUCGCCGAAAACCGCAUCCGCGUCCGACAGGAGCUCCACAAGCAAAGCUGCCCCCGCCUCGUGGACAGGCACCUGUCUUCCUCCAUGUACUACGCGAUGCAUCAGUACCACAGCGUCCUCCCGGAGGUGACGGAGGCGGGUCGCGCGCGCUUCCACGAGGUCUUUGGCGAAAGCUGGGACCACGUACUUGCCUCGCAGCGGGUGAUUGGGGCCUUCACCGCCCUCAGCGCCCUUUCCAUGACCCCGUCCCAGCUCUAUGUGAAGUGGUCCGUGCCGGAGCCAGAGCACGUGCAGCUUGCCUUCGACAUGGAGGUGGUGAAGUUCCACGCAGAGGGCGUCUACGUCGUCAAUGCGCUUGUCCCGCUAGAGCGGGAGCGCAUGACUCACAUGGGGCGGAAUGUGCCCGACCUCCACGGCUAUGUGGUGAGCUGGGACCAGAGAAAUUGCAGCUGGCAGAAGUUUCUGCGUGAGGUGAUUGGCGACCCCGAUCCGGCUAACGCCUUGGAAGCGUCCCUGCGUGGCCAGCUCUACAGGGACUGGGAAUCACUUGGCCUCCCCGCAAGGCCCAACCGCGUUGACAAUAUUCUGCUUGCGAGUGGCGGCCCACUGCAGGCCUUCAUGGAGCGCGAGCUUUGGUGCAGCACUGGAGACUUGCUUCCCGACCCUCUUGUGCGAGCCCUCUGCUACUUGGAUCAUGAUCCCAGUCAACUCUUCGAGUGGAAGGAUAAUCCGCUGGUGCAGUACACAAGCCGCACACUGGACACGCGUCCUGUGACGAAGCGUAUGUUUGGCUUCACGCAUGAAAUGGACACCAGAGAGUUUGUCGACCUCAUGGACGAGCAAGACGGCUUCUUCAUUCCCAUUCCUCCUCCGUGUGAGGAGGUGUUGGCGCCGGAGGGGCAGACGGAGUCACAUGAGAGGCCAGCCGAGAGGCAUUUCAGAGGAGCUGCUAAAAAGGGUGCCCACCGCUUGAGUGCGCCGUCGCCCUACUGUCCAACUGGCACAAAACCGGCUGGCUGGCUGCAGGAGGCACUGCUGAACGCGGAUGAGGACGAUGUGGUGCGUCUCUGGGAAUAUUACGGCGGAAGUGCGGACUGGGAGGUGGGGGAUGUGGCGGAGGCGGAGGCGGCCAGCGUGGAUGACGAGCUGGUGCGCACGGCCACAGGUUUGCAGGGGACACUGCGGGGGACGAUAAACGGCGAAGCCUUCCGGCGGGAUAUUGAGGCCCUGGACUUCUUUGGGCUUCCGCUUGCCAAGUGCAAGGUUAAGAAACUGUUUGAGGGAAUGACCUGGCGCGGGGACGGACGCGCAACGUACGAGGAGUUCCGCAUGGCAAUGGCGGUGCUGCAGCAGAUGUAG